AUGUCAGCAUCAAAAGGAGAGAUCGCGUCCCUUAUUGUAAACUACUUUUCUUCUAUUGUGGAGAAGAAAGAAAUUUCAGAAGACAGUGCUGAUUCCUUAAAUGUCGCCAUGGACUGUAUCUCUGAAGCCUUUGGCUUUGAGAGAGAGGCCGUGCCAAGCAUCCUAGAAAAUUCUGAAUUCAAAGGCCAAAAUUUGACCGACCUACUAAAUUCAACGUCAAGGGUCUCAGAAUCAACUAAAAAGGAUGAUGCUCAGAAUGUCGAAGUUAAUAUUCCUGAAGAAGACGCCGAAAUCAAAGCCAAGGCGGAAGACUUGAAGAUGCAAGGUAACAAAGCCAUGGCUAAUAAAGAUUACGAGCUUGCCAUUAACAAAUAUACUGAAGCCAUUAAAGUUUUACCAACAAAUGCUAUCUAUUACGCCAACAGAGCAGCAGCCCACUCAUCUUUGAAAGGAUAUGAUGAAGCAGUCGAAGAUGCUGAAUCUGCAAUUUCUAUUGACCCAACUUAUUUCAGAGGUUACUCUAGACUAGGUUUUGCCAAAUAUGCGCAAGGUAAGCCCGAAGAAGCCCUUGAAGCAUAUAAGAAGGUUCUUGAUAUUGAAGGUGAUAAUGCAACAGAAGCUAUGAAAAGGGACUAUGAAAGUGCUAAGAAGAAGGUUGAGCAAUCUUUGAACUUGGAGAAGACAGUUCCGGAGCAAUCGAGGGAUGCUGAUGCCAAUGCUGAUGCUAGCCAAGGUGCUGGUACAAGCGGAUUGCCAGACCUUGGUUCCCUACUAGGCGGCGGUCUUGGCGGUUUGAUGAAUAACCCACAACUGAUGCAAGCCGCACAAAAGAUGAUGAGCAAUCCUGGUGCUAUGCAAAAUAUUCAAAAAAUGAUGCAGGAUCCAAAUAUCAAACAGAUGGCUGAAGGUUUUACCUCGGGUGGUGGGGCUCCAAAUUUGUCUGACUUGAUGAACAACCCUGCACUCAGAAGUAUGGCAGGCAAUCUUUUUGGUGGAGCAGGCGCUCCGUCAACUGAAGACACUUCAGACAGCGAGAACAAACAAUAG